AUGUUUUUUAUUACAUUUUGCACGUGCUCUUGCCAUUGUCAGGCACAAAAUCCGUCGCGCGGCUCAAAACGAUUGAGAAACAAUGAGCCUGUGUUGGACAACCCGUUAACCGGUGUGGUGAAAUGGAUACAGCCUGACGAAGACUUCCCACGUGCUGCUGAAGUACUACCGAUUUUAGUAGUUCGAGGACUAUUUCCGGAUGUCUCGGAAGGGUGUGCUAUAUGCUGGGAAUCUGAGGUCAUUCCCGUAGGAGAGGACUUCAAAACAGCAUUCGGAAUCAUGUUUCAGUGCUUCUCCGUUUUCAAUCUGCAACCGAAUCCGUCAGAUAAAAACUUUUUUCUUUUCAUUGGUGGAAUCUGUAACACCAACACACUAACCACAACCGGGGCCAAAUUUUUGCAUGGAUUGCAAUGACCAUGUGAACGGAAUUGAACGACUUUAAUAAAAUAUGUCCGUAACAGAAAACUAUUAAGACUAAAUACACAAUAUUGUUUUUUUUUAUUAAUUUCAUAUAAGAACAUACCAACAGUGAUUACAGUAUCACGAAGAAAAUACCGAAAUGUCGGUAAUUUUGAGUAAUAUCGUUAAAAAGAUCGCUGCUUUUCGGUAAAAACGAUAACAAACCUUCAAUCAUUUUCGGUAAAAUUUACCGAUCUUUCAGUACAUUUGACGAGCUGUCCCCUAAUGCAGUUUACAGAUCAUGCUUGGUUUUUCGGUAAUCGUUACCGAACGGUGUGUAAAUUUGGCAGCCUAAUCCUUUGAUACAGUUCACAAUUUUUUCGGUAAUACUAAAAUUUACCGAAAUCGUUACCGAUCGUUCAGCUGUUGAGAAUUCGGUAAAUGAAUUACCGGAGUCGGUAAUUAUUUCUAA